AUGGAGACUGACGCGCCCCAGCCCGGCCUCGCCUCCCCGGACUCGCCGCACGACCCCUGCAAGAUGUUCAUCGGGGGACUCAGUUGGCAGACUACGCAGGAAGGGCUGCGUGAAUACUUCGGCCAGUUCGGGGAGGUGAAGGAGUGCCUGGUGAUGCGGGACCCCCUGACCAAGAGAUCCAGGGGUUUCGGCUUCGUCACUUUCGCGGACCAGGCGGGGGUGGAUAAAGUGCUGGCGCAGUCGCGGCACGAGCUCGACUCCAAAACAAUUGACCCCAAGGUGGCCUUUCCUCGGCGAGCACAGCCCAAGAUGGUGACCCGAACGAAGAAGAUCUUUGUGGGGGGGCUGUCGGUGAACACCACGGUGGAGGACGUGAAGCAGUACUUCGAGCAGUUCGGGAAGGUGGACGACGCCAUGCUGAUGUUCGACAAAACCACCAACCGGCACCGAGGGUUCGGGUUUGUCACGUUUGAGAGCGAAGACAUCGUGGAGAAAGUGUGUGAAAUCCACUUCCAUGAAAUCAACAACAAAAUGGUGGAAUGUAAGAAAGCUCAGCCAAAGGAGGUCAUGUCGCCAACGGGCUCAGCCCGGGGGAGGUCUCGAGUCAUGCCCUAUGGAAUGGAUGCCUUCAUGCUGGGCAUCGGCAUGCUGGGUUACCCAGGGUUCCAAGCCACGACCUACGCCAGCCGGAGCUACACAGGCCUCGCCCCUGGCUACACCUACCAGUUCCCCGAAUUCCGUGUAGAGCGGACCCCUCUCCCGAGCGCCCCAGUCCUCCCCGAGCUCACAGCCAUUCCUCUCACUGCUUACGGACCCAUGGCAGCGGCGGCGGCAGCAGCGGCUGUGGUUCGAGGGACAGGUUCGACUCCCAGCCGCACAGGGGGCUUCCUGGGGACCACCAGCCCUGGCCCCAUGGCUGAGCUCUACGGGGCGGCCAACCAGGACUCGGGGGUCAGCAGCUACAUCAGCGCCGCCAGCCCUGCCCCCAGCACUGGCUUUGGCCACAGUCUUGGGGGCCCCUUGAUUGCCACAGCCUUCACCAAUGGGUACCACUGAAGCAGGGGACAGGUGGCAGGAGCCCCCAGCCUGCAGCUGACUGAGGACCACGAGUGAGCCAGCGAGGGG